CCCAUUCAUGGCGCGGAGGAGGAUCCAGACAGGUGGAAAAAGGAGGAGGAGUGGUGAAAGUUGAAUGGAGGAGAUAACCAGAAGCCAAACUUUUCUUUUGUGUUUUGCGUUUUAUUUGAUGAAAUGGGCUGUUGUGUCCUUUGUGCUGCUGUGAAUGGGUGCCCAUCUGCUCCAGCGUGUUUGAGAGCUCUCCUGGUGCCCGCUCAGCUCUUGGCAUGUUCAGCACAAACCUCUCCAUCAGCUGCCCCGGCCUCCUCCAAACACAAGUAAAGGUCAAGCUAAAUUUCACAGACCAGAACCGUCCAUCAGCUCUUGAACUUGAUGAAGCUGUCAUGCUCUUUGCUGUAAAAGCAGACUGGGAAUCUGCAAUUAGAGUUGGAGUGCUGGACUGUGGGGAAGAAGGGAACUAUGAGACGUGCAAAGAAUAUGGGAUUCACUAUUACCCAACUCUUAGGUACUUCAAAGCAUUUACAAAGCAGUUCACAACUGGAGAAAAUUACCAAGCAGGAGGAGAUCGGGAGCUGCAAACACUUCGUCAGAUGAUGAUUGACUUCCUGCAGAACCAUUCCCAGGAGCUGAGACCUCCUGCUUGCCCACCACUGGAUCCAGUGCUGUCCAGUGAUCUCCCAUCUCUUUUUGACAAGAGCAGCCACCACUACACAGCCAUUGUGUUUGAGAGCAACAGCUCCUACGUGGGCCGAGAGGUUAUCUUAGACUUGAUCCAGUAUGAAAACAUCGUGGUGAGGAGAGCCCUGAAUGUUGAUAAACCUUUCCUGGAGAAGCUGGGGGUCACCUCAGUCCCCUCAUGCUACCUGAUACAUCCCAAUGGCAGCCAUGGAUUAAUUAACAAUUUGAAGCCUCUACGGUCUUUCUUUUCUUCAUAUUUAAAGUCACUGCCAGGUGUAAGGAAAAAACUCCUUUUGCCACUGCAGCUUCCUGCUCCAGAAAAUAAAGAGGAGAGCACAGAAAUCAAGGUGUGGAAAGAGUUUGAUAAGUCCAGGCUCUACAUGGCUGACCUUGAGUCAGGAUUGCAUUUCCUGCUCCGGGUGGAGCUGGCCACGCACAAGGCACUCGAGGGGGCUGAGCUGAAAACCUUCAAGGACUUUGUCACCAUCUCUGCCAAGCUUUUUCCUGGCCGUCAGCCUGUGGUGAAGUUGUUAGAGACCUUGCAGGAGUGGCUGGUGAGCCUUCCAUUAGACAAAAUCCCUUAUGAUGCUAUCCUGGAUCUGGUCAACAACAAAAUGCGGAUUUCUGGGAUAUUUCUCCCCAGGAAAGUGCAGUGGGUUGGCUGCCAGGGCAGCAGACCAGAGCUGAGGGGCUACAGCUGCUCCCUCUGGAAGCUGUUCCAUACCCUCACCGUUCAGGCUGCACUGAGACCAAAAGCUUUGCUAAACACAGGCCUUGAGGACAACCCCCAAAUUGUGCUGCAGGUGAUGAGGAGAUACAUCCAGCACUUCUUUGGGUGCAAGGCUUGUGCUCAGCACUUCGAGGAGAUGGCCAGAGAAUCCAUGGAUUCUGUGAAAAGCUUGGACCAGGCUGUUCUGUGGCUCUGGGAGAGGCACAACGUGGUCAACAACAGGCUGGCAGGUGAUUUGACUGAAGAUCCAAAAUUCCCCAAAGUUCAGUGGCCAACUCCAGACAUUUGUCCUGCAUGUCAUGAAGAAGUCAAAGGGCUGCACAGCUGGAAUGAAGACCAAGUCCUGCAAUUCCUGAAAUCCCACUACAGCAGUGAGAACAUCCUCUAUAAAUACACCCAGAGCCAGACUGACCCCAGUGACAAUGACCAGGGAGACACGAGGGAGGUGAAAGACAAAAACCUGCAGAAGAACUCGGGGGGAAAUGGAGAAAACAAGCUCCAGGAUAAGGAGAACCCAGGGGAUCCAGGCUCCAAGGCGCUGGAGAAUCCAAUGGGAAAUCCUGGAGCUGUCCAAGGUAGCGGCAAAAACGCGGCUGCAUCCGUGAGCCUCAAAGGGACCAGGCAGGCUGUGUCCUUCCUGGGGAUUGGAUUUUCCAACCUCGACAUGAGUCUGUGUGUCAUCCUCUACGUGGCAUCCUCCUUGUUUUUAAUGAUCAUGUACUUUUUUUUCCGGGUGAGGUCCAAGCGCUGGAAAGUGAAGUCUCACCGCUCCUCGGUCUAGGAGUUCUCGCUGUUCGUGGCUGUUGGGUCCCAGACACAGCUUUAAUAUUUAUGAUCAGGGAUUUUUUAUGCAGUAUUCCUUGGGUCAGGCCCCUUUCUUCCCGAGGCAUUUCCCAGGUGUUCAGCUGAACAGGUGGAGCUGGCCUUGAGAUCCCCAGGCUUUGCCCAAGGCCACGUCAGUGUCCUCACCCGGGAGCGUUGCAUUUGGCAGUUGAGGUUUUUCCAUCACUUCCCACCAACAUCCUUUACUCAUUUCCAGAGUAAACAUUGCAUUAUGCAAUCCGCUGUGCCUGCUGGAGAAGGAAAUUGGAUAUUGUUUUGUGUAUUUUCAAGUCAGGUGUUAUUUUUUUUUUUAAUUCAUCCCGAGCUGAUUUCACCUCCCUGAGUGCUGAAUGGUACCUUGGCUGCUUCACUGGGAGAAGCAGGAAUUCUGAUGUUUCUUUUCAGGAAACAUGAGUUCUCUUUUGAUUAAAUCAAUUCUAAACCUCAGUGACUUUCUGAAAUGUUAUUUACAUAUUUAAAAUAGGAAGCAUUUAAUGUUCAAAUCGUUCAUCCAUUCUCUGGUGCAUUCUAGCCAAGGAUGUGCGUGUGUCAUCACUAGGAUGAGAGUUUUGGGGCACAAUUAGCAGCCUGAUGCUGAUUGCUAAGUAAUUGUGGUAUUAUCCAGGUGGAAACCAAUCCUGAUGAACUCUAGGAAAGGAAAACAAUGUUUUUACUGAAGGACAGCAAGGUUUGUGUUACCGUGGCAGAACAGAUUGGAAAAUUACAAAUACUGAGUUUCUUCUCUUGAAUUUCUCCAUCACAAGAGAGCAAUUAACACUUCCCUUGGUAUUUCCACCCAGAGCUGCCCUGUUCUGGGAUGUCCAGUUCCCUCUAGAGCUCAGUGUGGGUACUUGGAGCAGCAGUGAGAAGAAAUCAUGAAAACAUUACAAAAUCAUCCUUGGGAGUAGGAGUUGCAGUGAUCCUGGCUGGGGGGGAUAAUUCACGUCCUGGAUAGUGAAGUUUAUAAUCCUAUCCAGUGUAAUUGAGCAUGUUCUAGUUAUCCAUUACCUAAUCUUUAGUUAAUCCUAAUAGGUUUUGGCCUCAAUGUUUUCUCGUGGCAGUGAGUUCUCCAGAUUAAUUAUGUUAUAUAAAAGGGCUUUUCCUUUCAAUUCUACAUUUGCAACUUUUAAUUUAAUUGAAUGUUUGCUGGCUCCUCUGUUACACGAGAAGGAAUAAGGAGUGCCUGGCCAGUUCCCUGGAUUUCUACCAUUGGUGUGUCCUCCUCUGAGGAGAAAGAGAAAAGUUUAGAAAGUUUGAAGCCUGGCAACAAAAAAGCACCUAAACUCCACAGGGUUAUUUUUUCAUAAUCAAACAUUGGUUGUGCACAAAACUGAGUAUUUCUGACGUGUCUCUGCAGCUUCCAAAGAUUCACUGCUUGUAGCUGAAGUUUAUCACAGUAACACUACAGUUCCACACAGAGGAGCAGCUUUCUGGGGCUGCUGUGAGCAGAGGAAGAAAUCUCAGGACCCUCAGAAUUCCAGAGUUCUGGCAGAAGGAACCAUCCUGGGUCUUUCCUCUUGGCCCUUUGUAAUUCAUGGAGCUUUCUUGGCUCUUGGAUGUUUUCAAACAGGAAAUAUUAAAAUAAAAGGAAUAGAAUGUACUAGGAGAGAGAAAAGCUGCAAGUGCUAAAGAAACCUGAUGAAGUUAUUUGUGAGAACUCCUAAUUUUCUGUUUCCAGCAGUGCACCCACCCUGCUGUUCCUGCACAGAACUGGAUGGGAACAAAGGUCCCAGGUGUGGUGUUGCACAUGAGGUGUUAAAAAUAGUGACAGUACCAUUUCAGUAAUUUAAAUGUUCUAUUUAUUUGAAGUCAAUAACUUGACAUUUCCAAGUCUGUUCUGGUUGGGUUGGUUUUUUACUGUCUCAUUCCUCUCUUGGAAGGAAAAGUGACUGUUUUGUACUAAAUUGUAAAUUAAUGUGCUUGUUUAAAAUAAACUGCAAACGUUUGGGCAAAGUG